CACGAGAUCGUCGCGUCCCCUGCUGACGCCUCUUCUGACGUCAGGCGCGCCGCCCACCCUGCUACUUAAGCUUUCUGUCGCUCUCUCUACUCUCCCACUUUUGUGUAUGACGACCAUGAUCAUCCGCACACUCACCGCCAGCGCCCUCCGCGCGCGCCCAGCCUCCUCAUUCACCCCCCUCAACAUCGGCCUCCGCGCCGCACUCGUACGCCCCAUCACCACCUCAUCCCCCCGCCCCGUCGCCUCCUCCAUCUCCAACAAGCCCGGCUCGCAGUCCCUCGACCAAGCCGCACUCAACGCGAAAGAGGAGCUCGGGAACGUCGGCGGCGACGUCGCCAAGACCAUCGCCGGCGCCAACUACGCAAAGGACUCCGUCGCCGCCCCCGGCCCCGACGCGUCCUUCCUCGCCACCACCGCGCGCGUCGCCGGCCAGGUCCCCAAGCCCGUCCUCGUCUUCGGCCUCGCGGGCGGCAUCCCCUACGUCGGCGCCUCCGUCGCCACCGCCUACCUCGCGCGCCAGGCCGGCCUCGCCGCCUCGGGCGCCGCCGCCGGCAUGGACCCCGGCCUCGCCAUCACCAUCCUCCACCAGGCGCUCGACGUGCAGGUCACCUACGGCGCCGUCCUCCUCUCCUUCCUCGGCGCGCUCCACUGGGGCAUGGAGUUUGCCGAGUUUGGCGGCAAGAAGGGCUACGCGCGCCUCGCGCUCGGCGCCGCCCCCGUCCUCUACGCCUGGCCGACGCUCGCGCUCGACCCCGUCAUGGCGCUCCUCGUGCAGUGGUUCGGCUUCACGGGUAUGUGGUACGCCGACUGGCGCGCGACCUGGCACGGGUGGACCCCCAAAUGGUACUCCCAGUACCGCUUCUACCUCUCCCUCCUCGUCGGCACCUGCAUCAUCGGCUCCGUCGCCGCCACCUCCUGGUGGGGCCCCGUCGGCGGCCACGGCCUCGUCAGCCACGAGCUCGACGAGCUCAAGCAGCAGCGCAAGGAGCUCCUCCAAAAGGCGGGAAACUCGGAAGGUGUCCGCCCCCUGCCCUCUGACGCGCCCAUCACCACUGUCCCUGCAGACGACGCGGGCGGCAGCGAUGAGGCCUUCGUCGUGCUGAAGAAGCGCAACCUGGAGGAGGAUAGCGGAGGCGAGGAGCCGGCCGAGCACGACUCGGGGAGCAAGCAGGAGCAGCAUGGCGAGGUUGAGAAUUCGAAGGAGUAGAUUGGGACCAGAAAUUUGAGAAGCACACGGACAGAACAAUCUUGUACUCUAUAGCUUACCAUUGUACAACACCUAUUAGCAUAUGUUCAAACAAGAAUGUAGCAUUACCUUCACCACCCAGUCCCU